UAUCCAAUUCGCGUUUCAGCGCCAUCUUUUUUUAAGUGUCUAAACAAAGCGCAGCAACCUCCGCACUCGACGAUGCUGAAAGGAUCGAUCAACGGUCAGUUCUACGGCGAUAAAACCGGCGCCACCUCAGCAAUCACCGCAAACGCCGGAGAACUUAAGCUCAAAGCGUCGCUUUCUGAUAUCACUUCCUCCACUGUUCCCUCCUUCAGUAACCUUUCUUUCUCAGUUGAAAAACCUGGCUCUUUUUUCAUCGAUUAUGAUGUCCCCAAACAAGAUGUGAGGUUUCAAUUUAUGAACUCAGGUAGGGUUUUAGACAAACAAUUGAAUUUAACUUACACACAUUCUAUCAAAGAGAACAAUUGUUGGAUGGAUGGAAUGUUGAUGAUUGAUUCAUCGAAUAAGCUUUCUGCGAAUUACAAGUUUGAUUGUGGACUUUCUAAGUUGAAGUAUUGUUAUAGUCAAGGGGGAGGAGUUAGGACUUUUGAAUCUUGCUAUGCUGUUGCUGACAAAUCAUGGGAUUUUGCGGUUUCACAGAGGGUUUGUGGAAAUGAUCUUGUUAGAGCAUCUUAUCAGACUUCUUCCAAGAAUUUGGGGUUAGCUUGGCUUACAACCUCCUCUUUUGGUGGCUGUUUCAAGGUUUCUGCAUCUGUGAAUCUAGCUGAGGAAUCAAAAAUACCAAAAUUGAGUGCCGAGAGUACUUGGGAUUUGGAUAUGUGAUUUUGUGCAUUUAGCCGUAGUUAACUAUAGGGCACAUCUUAAUUCAAAAUGUUUACUGUAAUCGACAUUUGAGUUAUCAUUUUUGGUUUAGCAUCAGACCAUGGUACAAAUCAAAUGGAAUAGUUCGAGUAAUCAAUGCUCCUAUGGUAUUAGGCAUAUGCCUAGCUUUGAAGUUGUU